AUGGCAUUUUCGUGUCCGUUAGCCAAUUUUGAUGAUUUGGAUAGCCAGUUCAAGUCUUACUUAUCAACAAGUUUUGGAGGUGAUGAUGUAAGGAUUUCUCGUUCUACCUGUCCAGAUUCUAAACCUGCAAUAUUCAAGUCUGAGAAGAUGAUCCUUGAAGGCUCCCUCAGAUUUAAGGGGCCUAUGUCCGAGGAAAAUGUUCAUAAAGAGUUUGGAAGAAAGCGAAAUCUGGCUGCCUUAAAGGUGCAGAAGACAUAUAAGAGUUUUAGAAUCCGAAGACAACUAGCAGAUUGUGCAGUCUUAGUCGAGCAGAGAUGGUGGAAGCUCUUAGAUUUUGCAGAGCUCAAACGUAGUUCUGUAUCUUUCUUUGCAAUUGAGAAACCCGAAACAGCUAUUUCACGUUGGUCAAGAGCAAGAACCAGAGCUGCUAAGGUGGGGAAAGGUUUGUCCAAGGAUGAUAAGGCACGUAAACUAGCUUUGCAGCAUUGGCUCGAGGCUAUUGAUCCUCGACACCGCUAUGGCCACAACCUGCAAUUUUAUUAUGUCAAUUGGCUCCAAUGUCACAGUAAACAGCCUUUCUUUUACUGGUUGGACAUUGGAGAAGGUAAAGAAGUAAAUCUCGAAAGAUGCCCUCGAUCGAAGCUUCACCAUCAAUGCAUCAAGUAUCUUGGCCCGACAGAGAGGAAGAUCUAUGAAGUUGUCAUAGAGGACGGCAAGUUCAUCUAUGCACAGAGUGGGAAACUUCUUAAUACAAGUGAAGGACCGGAAGACGUUAAGUGGAUCUUUGUACUGAGUGUGUCCAAAACUUUAUAUGUUGGGCAGAAGAAAAAAGGAACAUUUCAACAUUCAAGUUUCUUGGCUGGUGGUGCCACUUUGUCUGCUGGAAGAUUAGUAGUCGAAGAAGGCGUUCUUAAGGCGGUUUGGCCUCACAGUGGGCACUAUCUCCCAACAAAAGAAAAUUUCGAGGAAUUCAUGUCGUUUCUUAUGCAGCACAAUGUCAAUCUGAGCGUUGUCCAGAAAGCAUCAAAUAAUGAAAAGGAAGAUAGUGCCGUUGGCCUUCGUAGUAGCAUAUCAGCACCAGAUUUCAGUCAAGCUGCCAGUGAAGGCAGCAACGCGAAAGAGGAAGACGGAGAGAGAACUGAUUCAAGCAAAAAAUAUUCCAAGGAUGCUGAAAAUGUAAAUCCACACAUAUCAAGAUGGUCCCGGAAAUUACAAUCAAAAAUUGCCAUUCUUCAAAUUCCCAGGAGGGAAGAUACCUAUGAGUUGUUCAAGACACCACACCAAGGGCCUAACUACGAGAACAGUCAACCUUUAGAUGGUGACUCAGAUGGAUACGAAACACCAGAGGAAUUUUUAUCAGAUUCAGAAUUUACUUUCUCCAAGCAAAACUUAUUUGAUGAUGACGAAAAGGAAGAAGAGUAUGAAGAAUCCAUACCCAACGAAAAGAUUAUCAAAAGAAUAAACUCGCAUAAAGGAAUGAGAUCGUAUCAGUUGGGGAAUCAACUUUCUUGCAGAUGGACAACAGGAGCUGGUCCUCGAAUAGGAUGUGUGAGAGAUUAUCCUUCGGAGCUCCAAUUCCUUGUUCUAGAGGAGGUACAUUUAUCUCCUAGAAAACCAUUUUCAUCUCCUUGUAAAACCACUAGAUCACUUCCGAGGAUUACUCCUCCUAGUCCUACAAGAUUAUGUACAUAA